GUAUUCAACAGAAAAAUACGUUAGAAUGUCCUUACAUUACCUAUGCCGUGAAUUGUCAACAAAAAGAUAGCAAAACGGAUAUUAUGUUCUGUCCUUUGUCAGAAACUAUGAAACAAUUAUCGGAUAUUAAGAUGGAGACAAAAAUCAUGUGUUGUUCAGUAGGGAAUGACAUGGAGAGGGAUGCUGUGGAAUCAUUGUUGUCUAUAUCUCAAGGCGUUAAGAGACCUGUUUUUCUGGAAAAUCAGGAGGAGUCGCACAGAAGCAGUUCUGAUUGUUUAAAAAACCAAAUUAAAAGAGAAAGCACUUUAGAACAGCUUCUAAAAGGAAAAUGUUUAGAGAACUACAGUCGUCUUUGUACGCCUGAUCAAACAAGCAAAAAAGUUUCUGUCAUUGUUUCUCCAGCACCUUCGUUUUCUUCUACCAGUACCUCAAAGACAUGCAACAAUCAAUCCAGCACUACCUCAACAUCAUCAAAAAUAUUUCUGGGGCACAAACGGAGAAUUCAGGAAAUGUGUGAAGACAUGAUGUCAGAAAAUUUCUCACGGCUUCCAGCAAAAUCUAAACGCUGUUCAUCCCCUGAGCCAGGAUCAAAGUCUGAGACUGUAGACGAAGCUCUAGAUCUUUCUUUAUCUCUGAGCUCAAAGAGCAGCUUUGAAACACACUUAGAACAGUGUGAACAGAUGAGGCCUCUCUCACCGUCUACACCAAUGUCUAGUUUUGGUAGGUGUGGCUGUGAAACGUGUAUUUUAGACUCCCACCGACCAAUUACUCCCUACUUCACAGAGGAUUUACCUCGUUGUCUUACACCUUUAGACCCAGGGCCUAGCACUGACUUUGCUACGGACAAUUUUAACUCUGAUUCCCAGUCACAGUUUUCUCACCAAGAUAAUAAUGAUGAUGAGGAUGAAGAUACCACUGAUGAUGAUAGUGAAGUUUCUCAGCCUCCUGUUAGAUUCUUUCUUCAUCAAACCUCUGUAGACUCUGAAUCCGGCUAUACCAAAGCACCAGCUUCCCCUCACAAACCUGUGUCAAGCCUAACAGAUAAACAUUUCAAGACAAAAUCAAAUCCUUUUUCUCCUAUUAAACCUGCAGAGUAUACACAAGGAAGAGUGAGAGCUAAUUCUUACUCAGGAGAUGGGCAUGACUAUAAAAACUAUUCAGAAACAAAAACAGAUGGUAGGGAAACAGUCCUGCGAGCCCCAUGUUCUUCUGAUUUUAAUAAAUCUGUUAAAACUUCUGCUUAUUCACAAGAAAGAAGCCAACAAGAUGCUGGUGGUAGUAGUUCCAUGAAUUAUUCACUACCAGCAAAUGCCCCUACUGUUUUGAACACAAAUUUUAAACAAUACAGACCCCAGCUUUUCGGCUCUGCUGGUCCAUCAGAUAAUUGCCAUGAACUUGCAUCUCUCCUGAGAUCUUCCCUGGCUCCACUGCCUCUUACAAUCACAUCCAACACCAGUCCGCUGCAGAUAGCCAAGCAACAUCCAAUUCAUUUGCUGAAGUCCAACUCUGCACCCAGUGUUGUUGGCAGUAGCAGUUCAUCCCUGAGUGCUGGAAACCACAUCCUUCUAACACCUCAUUCAUUUGACCAGCAGUCACAAAUGUCAGUUGCUCUAUCUACAUCUCAUGUGGUCCCAUCAGCUAGUAAUGAAGCUGCACUUAUAACUGUAAAUAAAACAUCUUCUCUGGCUCAGCUUAAAACUGAAGAGUUGGGAACAAAACCACCUAAGACAGGUGAAACUGAAAAUAUUGCAGUGAGGCCUAAUCUCAAUAUAACUCAAGCACCUGUGAUCAUUGUGCCAUCAGAUAAAACAAGUGUCCCGCUGUUGCAGAUUUCACAUCAAGGUUCUGCUCAGACACCACCCAUUGUCCAGGUGUUUGUGUUCAGUUCGGUGAACGCCCCCACGCAACCCCUGGCAGCCAAGGUAUCAGACAAUUUUCAUCCCAUAGCCCCAGCUCCAGUUCUGCUCCCUAAUGUUGAAAACAGGUGUGACAUGGGAUACUUAACUGAUCUUCGUAGGCGAACUCACAAGUGUCAUGUUCAGGACUGUGGGAAGACUUACUACAAAAGUUCACAUCUUAAAGCACACAUUCGAACACACACAGGUGAGAAACCAUUUGUUUGUGAUUGGGAAGGAUGUACCCGAAGCUUUGCGAGGUCUGACGAGAGAUCACGACAUGUUCGCACGCACACAGGUGAAAAGAAGUUUGAAUGCAACAUUUGUCAGCGUCGGUUUAUGCGCAGCGAUCACCUGGGAAAACAUCUGAAGCGCCACAACAGUGUUAAAAAGUCUGGAUCCUGGCGAAAAAGUUGUACUUUCAACAGUGGUGAAAAUUCUGUAUCGUCACCAUGUGACUCGUCUGAGGCUACUGUGUAGCCAAUGUACCAGUUAUUAAAAUAUAUGAUACUUUGCGUCAGACUGCUCUAUCUGGCUUGAGUACAACAUUUUGACAAAUGUUUUCUUCUUGAUUAAUGAAGAGUUUCCUUUGGUAAAUAUGUAUAAAUUAAGGCUAUUUUUAACACACAUAAGACAUUAUUUAUCUACUUUGUAUUUUUAUUGUAUUCACUUUGAUACAACACGUAAUUAAUAUUUAAAGGGUACCUUAGAAAUAAUAUUUUAGUUUGAAACCUGAACCCAUUUUGUGUUAACCUAAUUGUAUAAAAUAUACAUGCUAGACAUCAGCCAAUUUUUAAAAAUGUAACAAUUAGCAUUUGUUACUUGAAACUUAAUGUUUUUAAAAUUAUUUUGGCACUAAUAGUUACAUUUUUUUCCACAUAUACUAGUAUUAGGUUUUUUAUAACACAGUUUUGGAAAGUACAGUGUAAAUAUAUUUUUAAAUGUUCUGCGUGUUAUUUAUUUGUAUGAUCUCAUUCAACCAAAAAUGAGAUAUCAAAAUUGUUUUAAAUUUUAGUUUGAAAUAUUUUUAAAUGCAUGUUUCAAUGCAUAUUUAGACUUGUUUUAAAAACAGUUAAUACAUUCAAUCACAUUGUUGUAUGUAAUCAAGUCCAUAUUAAAUAGGAAUACACCAUUAGUAUCAUCUGUAUAUAUUCUCAUCUAUUUAUAUAUCAUAAAUAAAUACUUUUGUAAAGAUCAUUAUCAUAUCUACUUUUUAUAUACAAUAUUAACUACUUACGGAACAUGAUUUAUUUCAUGGUGCUAUAUUGGUCUUGUUUCAAAGACAAGUAUUAUAAUUUAUAUUAAAUGUGUGAUUUUAAAUGUUUACUAUAUUUGAAUGACAUAGUAGAUAUGACUCCUCAGUUGAGUCCAAGAAAUAUGGCUGAAUCACUUAUUUCUUGCAUAAGAGUGUUAGAGUAUUUAACUUUGAGCCUGUGUAUAAAUGUCUGUACAAUUGGGGUGUUCCUCAACAUUCCAACUCUGAGCGGUUGUUUUUCCCACAUAUUUGCAUUUGAACAAAUACCAAAAUUGAUCUCUGGUUUAUUUUUUUUUAAUUGACAUUAGAUAUUUUUUAGGUUUAAUUGUUUUCUUUGGCAUUUUCUUUUGGUUAGGUUUAUUUUUAAUUAAUUAAUUCAUUCAUUUUUUUAAAAUUACAAACAAAACAUUUAAGCAUUGAAUAUUGUUUCAGUUUAUUUUUAAAAUGAUUAAAUCUAAAUCACUAAAUCUCCACUUUUCUUUGACUUUACUCAGCAUUACACUCAGUACAUAAGAUAGCUUUCCAUUGCCUUAGAAACUAAAGCAGAUAUUUAUGCAGCAGAACUGUCAUCUAUUGACCCAAAUACUCACACAAACAGUAUGGGGUAAAUGCUUACACAUUCACAUUUUUUAAACAAACUGAAUGGGGUAAAUGUUUACACUUACACAUUCAAAUUUUUUUAAACCAAUCCUGUUACAGUUGUUGUACAGUUCCAUUCAUUUUUAAAGAAAGUUUUGUUUUAAUUAUAUGUCAUCCAACCAGUGAUCGCAGUAAUUGUUACAUUAUUCUAUUGUGAUAUGUUUAUUUUUAAAAUUAUUGUUAUAUAUUUAUUUGUAUGUUGACCUCACGUAGUUAUUUUAUUAAUUAAAGCAUUUUUAUAAGCAAGAGCUAGUGAAUAUUGUAAUAAAAAAAAUAGAUACAUCUGAUAAUUAUAGAAAAAAAUGUCAUUCGUAAAGCUAUUCUAUUCUACAUAUAAUGUGAAAACGUCCCAUGCCUCUAUUGCUGCUAAUUAAAUAUAUCAAAUUGUCAAACUUUUUUUUAAUGUUUGGAUUUUGCCCUACAAUCAAAUAAUUUGUAACUUAUCCUCUAGUCAAAUUUUACAACUAAAAUAUUAAUUAGUUUAAACAUCAUAUUUAUAUUUAUUCAUUAUUGUUGUAGUGCAAAAAGGGAGUCAACUAGGCCUAGUUAUUAGUUGUUUAUUGUUAAUUAUUCUACAUACAUGCCUUUAGGUUUGUAAAUAGUUCUUAAGGUAAAAAGAGAAAGUAAAAGUACCUCAACAAAUUGCAAGCUGGGUUUUUCUAUUAGCAUCAAUAGCUUAUCUCUUUAAAAAAAAAAACGGUAUGAAACAAACAAAAAUAUUUACAGCACAUUUAUUACCAGGAGCAUUGACCUAGAUUAGCAACAAGUGUUAUUUUUAGAAUGUGACCUACAUUAUGUCUAGUCUGUAUUUAAAUGUUUUUUGUUGUUAUUUUUAAUAAAUUAACGAUUAUUUUCAGAAACUGA